GUCUGGGGUCAGUGGAGGUUCCUUCAGGGGCUGCGCGCAUCCAGGUGACUCUGCAGCAGACAUGUCUGAAGAUGAGGCUGCUGAGGCUCCCAGUCCCAGUUCAUGGGAGCAUGACCAGCAAGUGAGAGGAAAGAAUGUGAUGCAGCGUGUGAUGGCUCUGCCUCUGGUUAGGGACACAUGUACUGCAGUCUUCGAUGCUUACAGUACAGCUAAGGACAGGCACCGGCUGCUGGGCUCUGCUUGCCGCCUGGCUGAGCACUGUGUGUGUGCCCUGACCACCCAGGCCCUCGACCAUGCCCAGCCACUGAUUGACCACCUGCAGCCCCAGUUGGCCACAGUGAAUAACCUUGCCUGCAGAGGCCUGGACAAGCUGGAAGAGAAGCUGCCCUUCCUCCAGCAGCCUUCAGAGACGGUGGUGACCACAGCCAAGGAUGCAGUGGCCAGUGGCGUCACAGGCAUGGUGGACCUGGCGCGACGGGGCCGGCGCUGGAGCGUGGACCUAAAGCGCUCCGUGAGCCAUGCUGUGGAUGUUGUGCUGGAGAAGUCCGAGGAGCUGGUGGACCACUGCCUGCCCAUGACCGAGGAGGAGCUGGUGGCACUGGCAGCUGAGGCUGAGGGCCCAGAAGUGGGCUCACUGGAGGAUCAGAGAAAACAACAGGGCUACUUUGUGCGUCUGGGCUCUCUGUCAUCACGGAUCCGCCACCUGGCAUAUGAGCACUCUCUAGGGAAACUGAGGCAGAGCAAACACCGCGCCCAGGACACAUUGGCCCAGCUGCAGGAGACGCUGGAGCUGAUUGACCUCAUGCAAUACGGGGUGACCCCCACUGCCCCAGCCUUCCCUGGGAAGGUACACAAGCUUUGGGUGGAGUGGAGCCAGCACCCUCUGCAGAAUGGCCGACGCCGAAGCCAGGCGGAGCUAGAGACUCUGGUGCUGUCCCGCAGCCUGACCCAGGACCUGCAGAGCACCGUGGACGCCCUAGAGGCCAACGUGCGGGGCUUGCCUGCUGGCGCCCAGGAGAUGGUGGCUGAGGUGCGGCGUAGUGUGGAUGCCCUGCAGGCCACCUUUGCCAAUGCCCGCUCUUUGGAGGAUGUGCCAGCAACUGCAGUGGCCGAGGGCCGGGGCAGUGUGGCACGGGCACAUGCCUGCGUGGACGAGCUGCUGGAGCUAGUGGUGCAGGCUGUGCCACUGCCCUGGCUGGUGGGGCCCUUUGCACCUAUCCUUGUGGAGUCCCCUGAACCCCCACCUGACCUGGCAGCCUACGUGGAUGAGGUUGUUGGAAGCCCUGACCCUCGCUGGGCACAUCUGGACUGGCCAGCUCAGCAGAGAGCCUGGCAGGCCCAGCAUGGGGGAGGGGACAUUCAUGAGGAGGAGCCAGACCCUCCUGGGCCCUCCAUCAAGCACACCUUCAUGCCGGAGUUGGACUUUUGACUGUGGGUGCCCAUAUGCUGAGGUCCCAGCUGCUCCCCUGUGGCCCUGCAUAAGCACCAAGUCAAUAACACCUUGUACUUGAUGCAUGGGACCCUCCUGUCUUUCCCUUGGAUGGGUGGGAAAGAGACCUGGAGAACCACAAGGACUUUAGUCCUGAGUUGGAUUCUGCACCUCUGUCCUGUUCCCCAACACAAAGAAGCUAAUUGAAACUCUCUCAAUAACCAUGAGUGGCCAAUAAGCUGUGUGGUGGGCGCCUGUAGUCCCAGCUACUCCGUGGCUGGGACAAAAGGAUCACUUGAACCCCUGAAGUUCGAUGUUGCUGUGAGCUAUGAUGCCUCAGCAUUCUACUGAGGGAGACAAAAUGAGACUGUGUCUCAAAAGAAAAGAAAAAAGAAACUCCCCCCCAAAAACACAACAUUUUGCCCAGUGGCUUCUAUAUUUGGGGCUUUAAAAAAUGAGGCCCCUUCUCCCCCAGCUUGACUAUCCUGGAUUGAGGGGUCCCCCAAAGCCCCAACUGUGCCAGACCCACUUGCUUAGCCGUUUGGGAAUCAUGCUCCAGAAUAAAGGUGCUUUGUGUUGUCCAGAG